UCUAGACACGUCUCGAUCGAUCUCCCUAUAUAUACCACACCACCAAAUUUUACUUCUGAUUUACCAGCUAGCGGCAGAUCAUUAUCACACCUCUGCUCUCGUACAGCUAGCUAGGUAGCAGGCACUGUGCUGCUCCGGCCUCUCGAUCGAACGAUCGAUCGGUCAUGGACUACGGCAACGCGAGCACGGGCAGUACGGCGGCGCCGGAGCAAUAUAACUACUGUCGCUCCGUGUCGCCGCCGUCGAGGGUGUCGUCGUGCUCGCCACCACCACCACCGCCGCCGCCUCCUCCCGCCGUCCUGCAGGUGGUGGGCAACGUGCCCCCGACCGUCGUCCUGAGCCCGUGCGCGGCGUGCAAGAUCCUCCGCCGCCGCUGCGCCGACGGCUGCGUGCUGGCUCCCUACUUCCCGCCGACGGAGCCCGCCAAGUUCACCACGGCGCACCGCGUGUUCGGCGCCAGCAACAUCAUCAAGCUCCUCCAGGAUUUGCCGGAGAGCUCGCGGGCGGACGCGGUGAGCAGCAUGGUGUACGAGGCGGAGGCGCGGCUGCGGGACCCGGUGUACGGGUGCGCGGGGGCGGUGUGCCGGCUGCAGAAGCAGGCCAACGAGCUCAAGGUGCAGCUGGCGCGCGCGCAGGCCGACCUGCUCAACGCGCAGGCGCAGCACGCCAACCUGCUGGCCCUCUUCUGCGUCGAGAUGGCCAACCGCCGCGGCGGCAACCAGCAGCAGCACCCGUCGUCGCCACUGACGACGACGAUGGACGGCGGUGGCGGAUCAAGCGGAUUAUUCGGCGCCGCGUACCAGCAGACGUUUUACGACUCGGACCUGGACUCGGCGACGUGGCCCGAUCACGAAGCCCAGCUCUGGACCUAGCUAGCAGAUGCAUGGAUCAUUGUGGUAGCUCUCGAGUACUACAAGUUCGUACUACUUGCAUAACAAAUACUAGUAGCCGCAGUACAUGUACGUGCUGCAACCGUGUAGGAACGGCAAACGUUUCUAGCUCGUCGGAUGCUGCAAGAUAACGCUGUGUCGCCGGCCGUUAUAUUAUGAACGAACAAGUAUACACCCCGUCAAUA